GUUGUGCCGCUGUUCUCAAUAAACGGAGUUCAGUUGUAUACGAGUUUCUAUUCUGAGCAGAUAGCAAUUAAGAAACGAAACACCUAAUAUAUAACGCCGAAUUAAAAUUUCUUGCAAAUUUGUUGUUGUUUUCUGUGGUGCACAUUUCCCAUUUGUUGCGGCCGUCUAACGUCUAAAAAAACACAAGAACGGUUCGCUGAUAUCGCUGCAUUCUAAAAAAUGGGGAUCGCGCGAACCCGUGUGACCCCCGGAAUCCCACCACAGCCUGUCGGCGGCUAAGGAUAAUUAUUAACUAAUGCUAUUACUAAUGUAUUGCAUUUAGGCAUCUAUCUAAAUCAUAGCUUUCGUGUUAGUUGCCGAAUAAAAUACAGGGAAAAGUCAUCGAAAAUGGUGCUAAUUGUAAAAACUAUAAGGGGGAACACGCUGUAUCACAGAUCGCCAGAUGGGGGGUGGGCUUGGGCAGUGCUCGUGUCGGAUUUCUUCAUUCAAGCUAUCACCGUGUCUUUCCUGCAAAGUUUCGGAUUAUUUUUUAUUUACUUUAUGGAAGAAUUUGGGACAAAUAACAGCCAGACUUCUUUUAUAUCUUCAAUAGCAAUGGGUAUGGACAUAAUUGCAGCGCCAUUUGUUAGCGCGCUGACGCCGAAAUUGGGCGCUAGAAAAAUUAUAUUUGGAUCUGGAAUUUUGUGUUGCAUGGGAUUGUUACUAUCUGCACUCGCUUCAAACAUAUGGAUGACAUACGCGGGAAUAGGAGUUUUAUGGGGGACAGGUUUUACCGCGACGUACAUUUCUAUUGUGGCUCAAAUCAACAUAUAUUUCGCCCGCUGGAGGGCUCUUGCAAACGGAGUAGCUUGUUGUGGAUGCGCAAGUGGUUCUAUGGUGAUGCCAGUUUUUAUACAAUAUUUGCUCCAUUCGUAUGGAUGGAGAGGAGCACUAUGGAUUUGUGCCGGCAUUUCGUUGAAUGUAUGCGUAUUUGCAUCUCUUGUGAGACCUAUCAGCGCAGUGGAAGCAUCACAGAUGUCAAAUUACAAACAUUUGCAAUAUGCGGACAAGUCUUGUGCAGACGAUGAAAAUGAAGACGAUGUCUCAUGCCAAGUAGAACAAGAUCGCCCACAAGAACUAGCGCGUGAGGAUCAAAUCGGUGGAAGAAGAAUCAAUCGAAUAUUCAAGGUCGUAAAAAAUUAUUGGAUUCUAUUUAUUUUGGCGCUCUCGGAAUUUGUAAGUGGCUUGUGGUAUUUUCUUCCCCUAUUGUUUGUUGUCCCUUUUGCAAAGGAGCUGGGAAUACCUGAGAAGCAGGCUGCUGUCAUCUUAUCAAUGGCUGCAGUAGGAGAUAUUGUGGGUGUAAUUUCUGUGUCUGUCCUAUUGUCGCUGUGUCGGGGUCUGGAAAAGCGAAUACUAUUUGUUCUAGCCGCAAUGUCACUACUACAAAUAGCAGUAUGCUCGUUGGCUGCAUCUGCAGCAACUUCUGCAAGUUUGCUAGCCUUUACGCUGUUACACGGAGGAUUAUGUGGGUCAUAUAUAACAACCAAAACAACUGCGAUUCCCGUUCUUCUCGGCGUAGAAAAUGUAACGAAAUUCAUAGGGUGGCAAUGGGCGUUGAGUGGAAUAUCCUGUUUUGUCGGCCCACCUAUUGCAGGUCAUCUUGUGGAUAUCUAUGGAACUUAUAGAGUCGCUUAUUUUUAUGCAAUCGGAUGUUUUAUCACCGCUUUCGUUUUGUUCGUCGUUGCCGGAAUUGGUGUUGAGAAACUCGGUGGAGCCAUUCCAGAACAUCAACAUCGAAACAUUGAGAAAUAUACUAGUAUUCAAGUACAUUGGUCGAUUCGGGAUUUCGUAAAGUUGCCAAAGCACAAGGAAAAGUGGCCAAAAAUGGUGCUAAUUGUAAAAACUAUAAGAGGGAACACGUUGUAUCACAAAUCGCCAGAUGGAGGGUGGGCCUGGGCAGUUCUCGUAUCGGAUUUCUGCAUUCAAGCUAUCACCGAAUCUUUCCUGCACAGUUUUGGAUUAUUCUUCAUUUACUUCAUGGACGAAUUUGGUACAAAUAAUACUCAGACUUCCUUGGUAUCUUCGAUAGCAAUGGGCAUGGACAUCGUUGUAGCUCCAUUCGUUGCUGCACUUACGCCAAAAUUGGGUGCAAGGAAAAUUAUAUUUGCUCCUGGAAUUUCUUGUUGCAUUGGACUGUUAUUAUCCGCACUUGCUUUAAACAUAUGGAUGACGUACGUUGGAGUAGGAAUAUUGUGGGGUGCUGGUUUCACUGCGUCAUACAUUUCUAUUGUUGCUCAAAUCAAUAUAUAUUUCUCCCGCUGGAGGGCUCUUGCAAACGGAGUAGCUUGUUGUGGAUGUUCCAUUGGCAGCGUGGUUAUGCCGAUUUUUACACGAUAUUUGAUGCAUUCGUAUGGAUGGAGAGGAGCACUAUGCAUUUGGGCCGGCAUCUCGUUGAACAUAUGCGUUUUCGCAUCUCUUGUCAGACCUAUCAGCGCAGUAGUUUCGUCACAAAUGCCUAAAUACGAACAUUUGCAUUAUGCGGACAAAUCUUACACAGGCGAUGGUAAUAAAGACGAUGUAACAUCAAUAGUGGAACAAACGCCUUCACAAGAAAUAGAAAAACCAAAAAAAACGGAUGAACGCGGAAUAUAUCGAUUGCUAAAUAUGAUAAAAAAUUAUUGGAUUUUAUCUCUUCUUGCGUUUGCAGAAUUUGUAAGCGGGGCGUGGCAUUAUCUUCCUAUAUUGUUUGUUGUUCCGUUCGCUGAGGAGAUGGGAACAUCUGAAGAACAGGCUGCUGUAAUCUUAUCAGUGGAUGCAGUAGGAGACAUUGUGGGUGUAAUUUCUGUGUCUGUUUUAUUGUCGUUGUGUCGGGUUCUCGAAAAGCGGAUACUAUUUGUUCUGGCCGCGAUUUCAGUUUUGCAGAUAGCAGCAUGUGCUUUGGCGGUAUUUGCAACAAUGCCUGCCAGUCUAAUUGUUUUCGCUCUGUUACACGGAGGAUUAUGCGGGGCUUAUACAACAACUAAAACAACUGCUAUUCCUGUUCUUCUUGGUGUAAAAAAUGUAACCAAAUACAUAGGAAUUCAGUUGGUGCUUAAUGGAAUAUCAUGUUUCAUCGGUCCACCUAUUGCAGGUCACAUUGUGGAUGUCUAUGGAACUUAUAGAGUCGUUUAUAUUUAUGCAAUCGGAUGUUUUACCACUGCCUUCUUUUUGUUCUUUAUUGCUGGAAUCGGUGUUGAGAAACUUGGUGGAGUACUUCCAGAGCAUCAACAUCGAAACUAUGAACAGUGAUCAAGCUUUUUGAACCGCUUCGAGAUUAAUAACUGCUUUUUAUUCAUUUAUGUUUUGACAAGCUUUUAUUUAUAUCAUUACAUAUGCACAGUUUGUGUACAAUUAAUGACUGUAUCUGCCAAUUGUUAGCAAAAUAAAAAAAACUUUUUCA